AUGGACAAGGAAGUCAUAGAGGGAUGGAAGAGGGAAGAAUCACCCCAGACGCUGGAGAAGCCGAUCACGAAUGCUGGAGAAGGUCUUGGGGAUGGAGUUGAGGGAGUUGCAGCCUCUCCACCGCCCGUGCUUUUCUGCCUUCCCGAAGCCGAGGUCCAAAUGGCCUCCGAACAGGUUUAUAUCUUUUCUCUAUGGGAUACUCGGAUUCCUAUCAGUUCUGUGACGCUGUGGAGGUAUGUUUACGUUUACGUCUCUCCGAGUUGGUGCAGUACCUGGACAUGGUUCCUCUGUAAUGAACCGUUAUUCUACUGGCAAGACGGAGCACCCAAGGGAACUCCCACCAUUGUUUCGCGACCAGAAUACUGGCAAAGACAAUGUCCCUUAUACUUCCCUGAAACCGAGGGCCAGACCUAUGGAAGCGCCAUCGGCCGAACCGCAGCUAGUGUAAAUGCAUGGACCGGUGGAUGGUCAGGUCAAGGGAAUUCGACCCCUGGAGAAGUGCGGGAGUCUCCUCCAAGUAUCGUCCAGGAGGACCACAUCCCCGGUGGAUUUCACUGCUCGGAUUUGAUCAUCAAGAACAGCCAGGUCAACGAGGGAGUGAAGGCGGUUGUGGACUCGACCGUGGCUCAGAUUACUGAAUGGGUGGAGGAAUACUAUUCCAUAGCUGCAGUCUCGUAA